UGAUUAUAGAAGGUAAAAUAAAAAAAUAAAAAUAAGAAAGUGGGAAAUAUUAAAAAACGAUUAUUUUUCAGGACGGUUGUUUGACCAAUCAGUGUUACCGACGUAUUUGUGACAAGCGCGCGUGCGUUGUCAUUUGGGAUUAGCCUCUGGUCCAAACCGCGGCCAAAUAAACGUGAACAAUCAAAUCGUUUUUUUCAUGUGAUUUUUGCCUCGCACCUAUAGACAUGUUAGGUUUCGUUGUAUUUUUGCUUACAUUAAGCUGGUCGGCGAUGGUACCCUGCCUGGGCUAUCCCGCGUCAGAAGCUCCGCCGGUGCAGCCCUGUCUCGCUCCGUUACAGUGGGAGGGUCGUACCGUUGAAUAUGACCACAGCACAGGCAUAAACACACGGGCUGCGGUCUCCUAUGAUGCUCAGAAUCAACAAAUUAGGGUCCUGGAACAGAAGACAGGACACACACCAUGCAAGAAGUUCUACGAGUACAUCUUCCUGUACAAAAGUGGAGUGUAUUUUCAGAUUGAAGAAAUCACCAAAAAUUGUGCAAAACUCGCUCUAACUGAGGCCUGGGACCCUUAUGACAUCCCUCAGAACUCCACAUACGAAGAUCAGUACUUUAUUGGUGGACCCGGAGACAUGAUUGAGGUCCAAGAAUGGUCUGAUCGUAAGCCAGCUCGCAAAAAUGAAGCCUGGGUGGGUGUGUACACCCUUAAGGACUGCUAUCCUGUGCAGGAGACGUACACCAAGAACAGCAGUGUGACAACUUCCACUCGCUUCUUUGACCUUCAGGUGGGCAUCAGUGACCCUGGGGUGUUCAUUCCGCCCAGCACCUGCCAAUUAGCGCUGUCUGAGAAAAUGGUGCCUGACUGCUGAACACCUCAUUUAUAUCUGCUCCUUAUUAAUAAACUCAAAAUUAGUAUACUCAAAAUACUCUAGAUAACCAUAAAAGUAGACUUAAAUCUUUUAAAUGUACUGAUAUUAAACUGCAAGGGAAUGAUUACAGUCACAAUAAUAUAAAUUUGCAAUUACAAUUUCCCCAGAAUAUUUAUAUUAUUUGAUGGCUAUUAGCUCUGGUUUUAGUAUGUCAAUGUUAAAAGCACAAAUGAAACGUUGAAAAAUGGAAAUGGUGUUUUUUUCUUCACCAGAGUGAACUAAUUUAGCACUUUAAUUUUUGGUUUUAGAAUUAACGAUCAUAUAAACUACAUAUAAAACUACAUAUAAAAAUUAUUUUAUUUUUAUUUUAGAAAUGAUAAGUCCGACUACAUUUUUCCUUCCUUGAAGCAGAUUUAUUGUGUUACUGCUGUUUUUCAGUUUUGUUUUCAGAAAAUUUGAAUCCAAUAAAAUGCUGUUGUUACUAUUGUUGUACAUUUUUGUCUGAUUGAAAACAUCAGAUUUUGUGUUAUUUACUGACAGUAUAGCCUACUGGAGCAAUAAAACAUUUAAUUAAAAGCUGACUUUUAUCUUUACAUUAUGUUAACGUUGCAUCUUGAUUUACGUUAUUAAUAAAAUAAAUAUGCUAGCAGAAUAUUUUAUUGUCAAAUAGUGAUGGUCACUCUCUUGUUAUUCUAGAUAUAUUGUGUAACUGCUGUUUUUCAAUUUUGUUUAAAGAAAAUUUGAAUCCAAUAAAAUGCUGUUGUUAC